CAUUAAUCGAUCAUUUUGUAACCAAAUCGGUUAUUUUUGUAACCAGUAAUUAAAACUGAUUGUGUUUUCUAUUAUCAAUUCAAUUGCCAUUUUUAACGUUAUGUUACAAAAUGACAGACGCCCAAUCCCCCCAUUGUAUUGAAUUUGGAGAUGAAAAAACAACAUUGGCGUUUCGGAAUAUCCGGUCACCAAGAUGAUACUGUAUGAAAUAAAAGUUACAAAUCUUGCUGGGCUUAAUCUAUACUAUAUCGGGACGAACACUGUUCCAGUAUUUGUAUGUACUUUGCCUUGCAAGAUAAUGAAAAUCAAUCCAUAAAUGGCAGGAUAUAUUUGAUGGUAAGUUACUUUUCUACCAUAUAGCAAUUCAUACAGUACAUUGUGAUAUUUUCAACAUUUUGGUUAUACAGCUUGCAACAAAAUGGCAGUUCGGGAGUAUCGUGAGCGAAUUGACAUUGCACAGUUGACCAAUGAUGAUCUGUACAAGAGAUAUCGUGUGAACCAUGCCACAUUGGCAUAUAUAAUUGCCCAGCUGGAUGCUGCCUUAGCCCCCAAUACUGACAGGAGCCACAGCCUUUCUACUGGCUACAAGGUCUUGAUCACACUGAGGUACCUGGCUACCGGUGUGAUACAGCUCAACACCGGUGAUCUGCACUCUGUAGCUCAAUCAAGUGUUUCGAGAGCAGUAUCUCAAACACUUGAUGCACUGAGCUCCCAAAAUGUUGUGAGGAGACACAUUAGAUUCCCAACAACCAUUGAGUCAUUAAACAGGAAUAAACAAGGAUUUUUUCAUAUUGCUAGAUUCCCAAAUGUGAUCGGUGUCAUAGAUGGGACUCAUGUACAGAUCCAGGCACCAUCUAUUGAUGAACCCAUGUACGUGAACAGAAUGGGUUACCAUUCCAUCAACACACAGGUAAUGUUUCUUAAAAUUGUGAAAUAUGUCACAAAGUGAAUCGUAUGUUGUAAACCAUUGUGUUUUUAACAGAUUGUGUAUUCCCCAUAUGAAAAGACAUUGUGCAUUGUGAUAAAACUCUUUUAUUGUUUGACUUUCUUUUUGCACACACUGCCAUUUAAUUGUAUUAUUGUUGAUUUUAACCCUUUUAUUGUUUGACUUUCUUAAUGCACACAGUGUCAUUUAAUUGAAGUAUUGUUGAUUUUAUUAGCAAGGCUGUUUUCCGAGAAAACCCGAGCUAUUGUCAUAGCCAGCUCGCCGUCCGCCGUCCACCCUAGGCGUCGUGCUAAAAC